AUCUUUUUAAUUUUUUGUAUAAUAGUCAUAUUGUUUUGAGGAAUAUUUUGUAUAAUAGUCAUUGGUUCUUCAAUUUUUCUGAAACUAUUGAUUCUGUUCUUCUUUUCUUUGAUGGUGAAAAAGUAACUUUAAUAUCCAGAUACAAAGAAAAACAGAAAUUACAAGUAAAAACUUGAGUUUUAGGAGGCAGAAAUCACAAGUUUUCGCAAUUGGUUGUUGUCGGAUAGUUGAAUUGAUUGGUUUUAUAUUAAAAAAAAAAUCAUUUAUGUGAUUUUUAUUAGCAUAUGAGAUGAUUUAUACCAUAGUCAUAAACUGAUUCUUAUAUAUAUAUAUAUAUAUAUAGGGUAGAGUUCAAUGGAUACCACUAUAUAUUCAAAGAAUAGAGACCAAAUCUUAGCCGUUGAUCUUAUUUAAUCUAACGGUCAUCAUUUAUUCACGUCAUGUUCAACGAAAUUUUUUGUUGAACAUAUAUAGGGUUGAAUUCCACAACCCCAAAAAAAUCAGCAUUUAUUCACGCCAUGUUCAACGGAUUUGAUGAAUGUUCAUCAAAUCCGUUGAAUAUAUCAGUAAUUCGGUUGAACAUUCAUCAAAAUCAUUGAACAUGGCGUGAAUAAAUGCUGAUUCUUUGGAUUGUGAGAUUCGACCAUGUAUAUGUUCAACAAAAAAAUUUGAUCGAAUAUGGCGUGAAUAAAUGGUGAUCAUCAACGACGGAAAUUUAGUCUCUAUUCUUUGAAUAUUUAGUGGUCUCCAUUGAACGCGACCAUAUAUAUCUAUAUAUAUAUAUAUAUAUUAUUUUUGACACAUCUACCCAACAAAGAAUUAUAAAAUCAUAUCUUUGGUAGCUCAAAAUCAAAGUUGAAUAAUAUAUACAUCUAAAAUUACUUUAAGCUACUAACAAACCCUACUCAACUGCGUCGUCUCCUCAAUUUUAAAGACAAAAAGAAAAGUUGUGCGAUGAAGAGAGACGUUGCAAAGGAGAGAAGAAGGAAACGGCCUAGAUGUAUACAUAAGUUUCAGGAAUUUGAAUUGAAUAUUAAGGAUGAAGAUAGAAUUAGUGAAUUGGAGGACGAUAUUCUUGUAUCCAUAAUUUCAAAAUUGGAACUGAAAGAAGCUAUGGCCACUAGCCUGCUGUCGUCUCGUUGGCGGUAUCUCCCCACACGCAUCACCCACCUAGCUUUAUGCGUAUUUAAUCCGAAAUUGAAACCUUCGGAGGAAAUUAUUGACAAGUGGUUUGAUUUUGUGCUGGCUAAGCGAGUUGAAGUCCUCAAAAUACAUACGGGAUUGCAUCGUCCGUUUUAUAAACUCUCUGAUUUGAUUGGAAAGAAGCCAUUACGACCUGGGCUUAAUUUCCUCAAAGAAUUGUCACUAUCCGCUGUAGAUUUGGAUGAUGCAGAGUUUGAGCUGUUGCUUACUACUUUCCCACUUCUUGAAACUUUAUCAAUUGACUCCUUCAAAAAUUUGCGAAAUGUCAAAAUUGUGGAUAAUUUAUUUAGGUUAAAGCACUUGAGUUUACGUGGGCUUGAGCUUGGAUCCCUUGAGAUUGGCAAUGCAAUGAACCUCGUUUCUCUCAAGUGUUACAUACGGAUUGAUAAUCUUGUAAAACUCUAUAAUGUUCCAAAGCUUAUUGAGUUGGCGACUGACCAUCGCGGGUUUGCGGGCAACUUAUUGAUUCAAAUCUUGUCAACAUCACCAUCUUGCAUACUCGCCCAACUUCGGGUGCUUAGGGUCUCGACUUCCAUUCUUGCAUUUUGGCCAGAAGACAUGCACAAGAUUGAUUUAAUAAAUAUACAACAUCUAGACUUGACAAUUUAUAUGUAUGAUGAUAUGGUUAGAUUUACCAAUUGCCUCCUUCCUCUGAUUGGGGCGUGGCCCUCAUUGGAGAAACUUGAUAUAAAGUUCUUGUGGCGCCGCAGUCGCUUCAAGUUUGAAGGAGAAACUCAUCAAAUCUUAUAUGAUAUGUGGGCUCGCAACAACAAUAAGUCGUUUAACUCAAAACUGGUGAAAAAGUUGCACAUCUCAGGAUAUUUAGGUUGUGAAGGAGAAAGACAGCUUGUUAUGUGUAUCAUGAAGAAUUAUGGCGUCCAAGAAUUGGUAGUUGAGGUUUGUGAUUACACUCACAAAAUGCGACGCUGGGCAACUGCUCGUGCAUGCCAACACUUUUCUACCCCUCAAUCCCCUCUCAAGAAAAUCACCAUCAUCUAAUUUACUAUCACAAUUAAUAUUCUUAUUAUUUUUUUACAUUAAUUACAUUUUUUUAAUUUUAUUCUAUA